AUGCAGACUUCUUCUACAAACAUUUGUGAAAGAAUGGGUCACUCUCAGGAGCUCAGUAAAUUCAAGCGUGGUAUCGUGAUAGGUUGCCACCUGUGCAAUAAGUCCAUCCAUAAAAUUUCCUUGCUACUAAAUAUUCCAUGGUCAACUGUUAGUGGCAUUAUAACAAAGUGGAAGCAACCGGAAACAACAGCAACUCACCCACAAAGUGAGUGGGGUCAGCGCAUGCUGAAGCUCACAGAAGUCGCCAACUGUCUGCAGAGUCAAUAGCUAAAGACCUUUAAACUUUGUGUGUCCUUCAGAUUACCACAACAAUAGUGCGUAGAAAGCCUUAUGGAAUGGGUUUACAUGGCUGA